AUGAUGGAUAUUGUGGACGAGAUCAUUCUACCUGGUCUAUCGUUGUCGGAGUAUAACAGUGGUUUAUCCGAAGAAGUGUGGACCUUGCUUCAAUUUUUCCCGUACACAUGGCGAUAUCGUCUUUAUGGGCAUUGGAAGUUUGCCAACACGGUCCGCCAUCCGGAAGUGAAUAUCGUACGCGGCAAAGUUCUAGGAAGGACAAAAUACGUGCUCAAGAGACUGUCGAAGGAGACUGUGCGAGUGAUGGGUCGGCAGUUGGGGAAGCUGUGUCACAUUCACCCAAUAACCGUGUUCGACUAUUUGCUCAGUCAGGUGGGUGCGGUCUACAAAAAGUACAACGUCGAACUGGCAGGAAUGUUGAAUUAUGUCAUGAAUCAACUGAAGAAUGAAAAAAGCUUUGAUCUCCUUGUUCUGCGUGAAGUCAUCCAAAAUAUGGCGUGUAUUGAGGGCGUAGCUGGAGCCACAGCUGAGCAGUUGGAGGCGUUGGGAGGUGGCGAACUGUUGAGACAAGAGGCAGGAAGUUUCACGAACGCACGAAAUAAGCGUGCAUCUGCCCGAUUACGAGAUGCUGUUUUAACCGGUGACAUUGCUGUUGGGCUGUGCAUCUUAAUUGCUCAACAGAGGGAGUGUGUUGUGUAUCAAGAAAGCUCCCGUCUACCACUCAAGCUGGUUGGGGAAAUGGUAGAUCAGGUGAGUAGUUCGUUUUCCAAAUUCAUUCAUCAUAAGAUUGUCGAAGUAAUGCUUUGGCAAGGAUUUCCUUUACCCGAGAACAUGGUGAUGUCUUACCGUGAUGUUUAG